GCUAAGCAAUGCUAUAUAAGAUGAUCGUACUGCGUGCAAACUUAGUCAUUCUCUUGGCACCUCUGAAGAUACAACUCAAUUGACAGUGGAUUAAUUUAAAUUUUCAUUUUUUUACAAUUAGUUUAUUUUCUCGAUACUGAGGAAUUUUAUUGUUUUAUUAUUUGUAACCAGUUGGACAGGUAAUGGAUAUCAAGGUCGUCACGUGUGUUGUUUUGGUCCUCGUGAGUAUGAGUGACGUUAGUGGAAUUGAAAAACGAUCAUUAUAUGGUGAACUUCGCGUGCCAUUGACGGAUCUUAUCAGCGGCAAGUUUCCGUAUCAUGAAUCAAGGAUAUGGAAAAGGGAAGCACUUGGUGGUGAUGUUAAAACAAAAAAAACUAUUAAAUCUAAUGAAGCAAUACCUGACUAUGACUCUGCUUUGGAUCCUAUUGAGCCUUCUCCACCGGAUGCUGAUGAUAAUUCUGAUCCUGAUCCUGAACCUGAUAGUGAUCCUCCUCAAUCACUUGCUACAACUAUUAAACCUAAGCCUGCGACCAAACCACCGAUUAAAAAUACGCCUAAGAAUCCUGGUGUUAAGACACCGCCUAAACGACCUAGUCCUGGUGGCAAAAAUCCACCGACAAAACCUAAAGUUAUUCCUACUAUACCAAAACCAACGCCGACUCCUGAUCCUAAUUCAUUGAAUAAUGCUGAUAAGCCUGACGAAAAUAAACCUGAUGAAUUUCCUAAUGAACCUGAGGAGUCGCCUGAGGAGCCUAAAGAUGCAAAUAAAGAAAAUAAAAGACCUGAGCCGGUGAAUAGUAAAAAAAAUCCUAAAGAUAAAAAGAAACCUAAAGAACCUGAGAAUGAUGAAAAUCCUGAAGAAGAAAACGAAAAUCCUGAGGAAGAAAACGAGAACCCAGAAGAAGAGAACGAAAACCCUGAGGAAGAAAACGAAAAUCCUGAGGAAGAAAACGUGAACCCAGAGGAAGAAAAUGAAAAUCCUGAAGAAAACGAUAAUCCUGAAGAAGAAAACGAAAACCCUGAGGAAGAAAACGAUAAUCCUGAAGAAGAAAUUGAAAAUCCGGAUGAAGAAACUGAAAACCCUGAGGAAGAAAACGAAAAACCUGAAGAAGAAAUUGAAAAUCCGGAUGAAGAAACUGAAAACCCUGAGGAAGAAAACGAUAAUCCUGAAGAAGAGAACGAAAACCCUGAGGAAGAAAACGAAAAUCCUGAGGAAGAAAAUGAUAACCCUGAAGAAGAGAACGAAAACCCUGAGGAAGAAAAUGAUAAUCCUGAAGAAGAGAACGAAAACCCUGAGGAAGAAAACGAAAAACCUGAAGAAGAAAUUGAAAAUCCGGAUGAAGAAACUGAAAACCCUGAGGAAGAAAACGAUAAUCCUGAAGAAGAGAACGAAAACCCAGAGGAAGAAAAUGAAAAUCCUGAAGAAGAAACUGAAAACCCUGAGGAAGAAAACGAAAAUCCCAAUGAAGCAGAUGACAAACCGGAAGGGCCUGUAAAUAAUACAAAAAAUCCAAAGAACAAAAAUAAACCUGAGAAAGCUAAAAAUGAUGCUAAUAGUCCAAAAAGUACUAAAAACAAGCCUCAGAAGCCUGAAAAUAAUGAAAAACCUAAAGAGCCAACUGAGAAUGAACCGACGGAACCAGCUGAAGAUGAAACAAAUCCUGAAGAACCUACAGCAGAUGAAAAAGAGCCAGAAGAUAGUAAAGUUCCUAAUGAACCUGUAAAUAAUACAAAAGGGCCAAAAGGUAAUAAAAAUAAACCAGAAAGACCGAAAAAUAAUAAUAAUAAACCUAAAAAACCUGUUGAAAAAGAACCUGAAAAAUCACCUGAAGAUGAUAAAGAGCCCGAAAACCCAACAGAAGAUGAGACAGAACCUGAAGAACCAACAGAAGAAGAACCCGUAGAACAACCUAAAAAUAAAAAACCUCAGAAACCAAAUACCAGCGUCAAAACUCGUCCAACUCCAAGACCCCUACCAUCUUCUCCCGAACCAAAUAAUGUCAAAUCACGUCCACCCCAUCACCCAACUACAAGAUCACCUCCACCUUUUCCUAAGCCGAAGCCUACACCUCAACCCCAGAGACCAACUCGUAAACCAAGACCUGCUCCCACCGAAAGCCCUGAAGUCGAAGACGAACAAGAACCCAAUGACGACGAAGUACCCGAUGAAGACCUUGUUACUGAACCACCAGUCGUUAAAGGCCCGAAACGACAACCUAAUGUAAAAAAUACCCCAAAACCUCCUUCAAGACCUCCGACGCCACCUAACCGAAGUACUCCACCUACCAAAACAAAUAAAAAUAAACCAAAAACUACAACUACUACUACACCUUCUCCGCCCGAUUACGACGAAGAUGUAAACCCUGAUUCGGAAUCAGAGCCUCAAGAUCCAAAUGACGACGAGCCAACUUAUCCUCCUACUACUCCCAAACCUAAACCUAAACCUAAACCAUCUUCCGGCACUAAAAACCGUCCACCGAAUCGACGACCACCCAAACGACCCACAACUACAACACCCGCUCCCGAAGACGAGGAACCCGAGGAACCUGAGAACCCUGACGAUCCUGAUUCAGAUCAAAGUCCAGAUUUUUCUACAAGAUUUGGCGAUCCCAAUGAACAAGACCCUUCAGAUCCUUCCGACUCUUCUUCCCCAUCAUCGCCAUCAGAUAAUUCAGCGUAUCCCCAAAAUCCGUUCCUGAAUCCCAAUACGAGACCCGGCGGAUUUGGUUUUGGUUCAGCAUCAAGUUUCGCUUCUGCCAACGCAAAUGCAGGACCUGGGCCCGGAUCAUCGGCAAAUGCCGGUGCAUUUUCAUCAGCGAAUUCAGAAGCCAAUGGCUUCGAUCCCAUGUUUGGACCAUGGACUGACGCAUUCACAAAAAUGUUCCCCCCAAAUAUGAUGCCACCAAACAUGCUCCCCAAUUUUAAUCUCCCUUACCCAUUACAGAACACUAAAAAUCCCUCGAAUAGCCCAAACUCUGGUACCAAAGGCAAACCUUCCGCUUCAACACCCACUAAAUCAAAUCCAUCAUCAAAUCCUAACUAUACGCCCAUCAUCAGUAUCUCCGGGACUUUUGAUACGAAUGAUUCUUCUCCGCCACCUUCUGCGCAUAAAAAUCCUUUCUUGAGUGACCGCAAAAGCAGUGGUGAUAAUGGUUAUGGUUCUCCGCUAAACUCAAAUCCAUCACCAAGCUAUAACUCCGGAGCCGGUAGUUUUGCUGGCGCAUCAAGUUUCUCCAGUGCUAACGCCGGUGCUGGGCCUUUCGGCGGUUUUGGACCCUAUCCGUCGCCAUUUAUUGGCGGGAGAUUUGGUGGAAAUGAGAUCAAUGGAGUCCCAUCUUCCAGAGAUUAUGGGUUCGGUUUCAACCCAUUCUUCAAUCAGCAUAACGAUUUUAUGGAGAGAAUACAGAUGCGCAACAGAGAAAUGCAGGAUAGAAUACAGUCACGAAACAGAGAAAUGCAGGAUAGAAUACAGUCACGAAACAGAGAAAUGCAGGAGAGAAUUCAGGCCCAAAUAAGAGACCAACAAUCACAAGGUGUCGGCUCCUGGGCGAUGGGGUCAGCUUCUAUGACCGACCUCGGAUCACUGAACCCUGACGCUCAAGUCUAUACACGUACGCGCGUUACGGGUCCUUACUUGGUGAUGGGUGAUAGAAUUAGUACCCAAUACCCUGGAGAUUAUGAAGGCCAUGAUCAGUCUCCGUUUAGUCUAGAUUCUAGGUUUAACAACAUUCCGUUUGAUAGUGCUGGCAUUAAUGAUGGUAGUGGCUGGGCAUUCGGCAGCGCGAGUGCUGGAAAUCAAGGGAGUAACCAAUUCGGUGCUAUUGGACCAGUCGCUCCCGGUAUAAAAUCACGAUUCAGUGAAACCCUUCCAUCGUCAGGCGGUACCUUAUUCGGAGCUUUCGCUAGUUCUAGUACGAGUUCAAUGACGGGACCUGAUGGUAUACCUAUUGUUAAGAAAAGUUCUGUGACUGGAAUAAAUGACAAUGGAAAAGUGUCCGUACAAGAGGUCCAUUAUCCUUAAAUAUUAUUCUUUGUUACUCCGAAAAAUUCAAUAAAAUGAAUUUUUUCUUUAAGUAUUUCAACUCAUUUUUUAAAUAUACUUUUCAUCUACUCUGGUUUUUUUUGCUCGUUGAUAUACUUACUAUUAUUUGUUGAUAAUAUAAU